AUGUUUCGUAGCCUUUUCCAUCGUUCCUAUUCAUAUGUUAUCACAUUUCGUGGAUUUCUGGAAACACGACAGAACAACGUUGGAGCUCUAUAUCUUCACACCUCUUUUAUUAAGUUAAGGAGCAUUGAAAAUGAGGUAAAGCGUUAAAAGCACCUCGAUCAAACAUGUUGCAUUGCAGCAUGCAUGCUACAAAAGGUCUCAGGCUGUCUCUAUUUGAUUUUUAAGCAGAUUAAGCCUUUUGAAAUGAGAUUUUCUUACCGUUUACAGAAACCAUGCGGUUUAAAAUUUCAAACGUAAACAUUUAGCGAUUGAACUUGACCUUAGGGUAGCUGAACAGAUUGGGCUAUUGCACUUAAGAUCCCUUCCCCCCGCCUCUCAAUGACAGCCCUGGGUUCAUCACAGUUAAUACAGGUUCAUUUUAUACAGUUUGACUGUAUUAAGCGAGUCUUUCUUAACUCUGUCAUGUCCUUGUUUUUCAGAAUCGAAAUGGAUUGGGUAUAAGCUAUAAAGGAAAGAUUCCUCUUGGUAAACCUGCUGUCCUUGUUUUUAUUUUCCUGUGUUGUGAUCUGUGUUUGUAAAGAGCUACAGAUGAAAGUUGAAUGCCCAUUCAAAUAAUAUAAAACGAAAACUAAUGUUUUAACAGACAGGUAACAAUUUCCUGUGUAUCUGUUCAGUUACGGUGUACAUAUCCCGAGUGACAUCAUAAUGUUGCAACAGUAUCGUCAGAACAAAAAAGCAGCAGUGUGUUGGUCAUGGAUGUUCGUACCAAAAUUAUGAUUUUUCUCUGUGAUCGAUAACUGAAAAGACAGUAUGGUAGAGGAAUCUAUUUGCCUUCCAAACUGACAAAAAUUGAAUACUCAACUUAAACCAUUGGCUGUUGAGUUUAAGGUUUAGGUUGAAAUUUAAAGCUGUUUUAAAAUGGAUGUUAUUGUGCAAUUGAUUUGCAGACAGAUUGACAAUAAAGUAUGCAAGAAGCUCUGGUCCUGGGGGACAAAAUGUAAACAAAGGUGUGUGUUGUCUGGCUGCAAAAAUGAGACAACUGAGGAUAUACUGUAGGUAACAAGGCUACAAUUGAAGAGAGUGCCUCGAAUGAGGCCCUAGGAGGCCUUUGAUGUAAUGCCAAACUCUCCUUUUGUUUCACAAGCAAAUACAAGGCAAUUUAGAAGGAGAAUAUAACAUUUAAACAAUAUCGUAUAUGAUCUAAUAGACACCCAGUUUUAUUUAAUUUUUGGUGGUUAAUAGAGAGGAGGAGUUUGGCAUUCGGGCUGGGGGGUUGGGGUGGGGGGGUGCACAUUAAAAAACAAGAGGCAUUUUUUGGAGAGGGGGCAUCAAUUAGAUAAUUUUCUGUAGUCACUUAGGGUUUUUUGAUACGCCCUCUCAAUUAAGAGUGACUGUUCCACCUUUUAAACUGAGUUGCUGAACCCAAUUUUUUUUGGUUUUGCAAACUUAUGCAUACAGAAUCAUUAGGAGGCCUAUGUGGCCAGAACUUAACCCACUUUCAGUAUGAUAAAGCAACUCGACAAGAGCGAGUAUUUUUUUUACUGACUCAUUUAAUUGUGAUAUUUUUCAGUUAAUACCAAGGUAGACUUGAGAUUUCAUUUGUUAAGUGCAGACUGGAUACCUGAAAAUGUUCAGCAAAAGAUUUUGGAGAGAGUAAGACGAAAGUAUAGUUACAUAAACCUCAUCGUUAUCAAACCAUGUUAUAGCAUCCUGGUUACCCCUCACUAUAACAUUCUAACCGUUGUAAAAACAUGUAAUAUUAAGUAAUUUUGUUCACUGACCAUAAAUAUUAAAAUACUUUAAGGCUUUACUGCCAGUUAGUAAGGAAGAUGUUUUGAGCGACUCUCCACUUCCCAAUCACUCUUCAUAAAGGUCAUAAAUGAGGUUUGAAACUGUGAUCCUUACUGCUGGUCAGAUUAGCAGAACACAGAACUAUUCUGUAUGCAGUGGAAAUUUUGCCAAAAACAAAGAUAUAAUAGGCUUGCAAAGCUCUCAGAAUGAGUUAUUUAUUUAGCUAACAAAGCAACAGAUGAAUGACCCAAUCAAUGUUCCUAGCCCUAAAAACAUAAACAGCUGUGUUCCAAAGGCCAAUAAAAAUAUAGGUCUCCAAGAGCUUUGCAGUUCCAUAGUAGUAACUGCAUGCCAGCAUAGGUCCCACAUGUGACUACCUAUUACCAGCAUACAUUACAGAUGUUGUCUAACCGUAGCUAGUAACAUAUGCAAAGCAGUGCCGAAAUCCUUGUUCUGGGCUCCCAGCGGACUCAACGAAUUACCAGAAGUGCGUUUUGAAGGUCCUUUAACCUGACUGGCAAAUCGACAAUGGUUUUUCUAAUGGGGCAAUCACUGUGCAUACUAAAAUCCUGGCUCAUAACAGGGUUUGGUACUGGCUCGCAGACAUAAGUUUCAUCCGUGGCACAGGCUUCCUAAUACAGGUUGCACUAUAAAUCCAAAAUUUUUUUACAUCCAACAGGAAAAGAAUCGCAUCAACAAGGAGGGUGAGCUAGUUAUAAGCUCUACCAAGUACAGAACCCAAUUUAAAAACUUGGAAGAUGCUAUUCAGAAACUGGAAACCAUCAUUGAGGAUGCAUCAUUUGUUCCCAAAGAAACCACACCAGAGAAAAAGGCUUAUGUACGAAAACUGUAAGAAAUUUAUUUCUCUUCUUGUUACCCUUUUAACUACUCUGUACACCCUUAUAUCUAUGAUUUCACUUACGGGCAUAGCAUGAACUUUACAGGGAUUGUUUGAUUGGCUCGAGUAAGCGGCCACGAAAACUACGUGGAACUUCCCUUAAAGCGGCCACCCAAAAAAAUGGGUGACCGGUCGUUUCGCCUAUGAGUCGUUUCACUCACGUCCCGUUCGCUAACAACUUAUGCCGUUUCACCAAGAAGCGAAACGAGCGCUGCGCAUGUAUAUGUUUCGUUCUCUCAGCCAUGGUACAAAAAAAGUGCGAUACGCAUGCAUAUACUUCGUUCUUUCAGCCACUUAUCAGGCGAAGGCAGUUAGGGAACUGACCCAACACGUACGCGGAACGACUUCUAAAGUUAGUGAACAGAACGUUAGCGAAACGAGUAGUGGGCGAAACGACCGAACGCGCAAUGCUUAGUGGUCACUUACGGGAGGUGAUAGACAAGAAAAGGGGGCUGGGCUUAAGAUUUGGGACCUGAUUCGGGAUUUUAAAGCAAAAUGGGGGUGUAAUUCGGGAUCGAAAGUAUGCACGGAAUGCGGGAUGCCCAAAAUAAACCGCGAGAUCCGGUAUUUGGCUUAUUUGAAAGCCGGCUUCAGAAUUUUAAGGCAAAAUGGGGGUGAUAUUCGUGAUUGAAAUUAUGCACGCGGGAUUACUGGAUUGAGCGAAAAUUUAGGUCGGGUUGACGGUAUUAAAGAACCCAAUUGGUGACCUUGCCUCAUGGAGCUAAGGCUUGCGUUCUGCUUAUCUUUCAGGAUGCGACACGCCAAUGAAAAGCGUCUUCGAGCAAAGAAGUUCAUGUCCGACAAGAAAAGAGACAGAAAGCAGCAAUGA